CCCCGCGCCGCCGCCGCCGCCCUCCGGCCCGGUGCCGGGCGGGCAACCCAACGCCCUCUUUGAGGGCGGGAGAGCUCCGGGCGGGUUCGUGGGUGGCUCUGAAGCCGAGGUCUGGGGACAUGUGGCGGCGCUCCUGGCUGCCCGCCUGCCUGGCCUGGGGCUGUGUGGCCGCGCUGUGCGGUUCCCGCGGGCUCUGCCCGGCCCCGAACGCCUCCAGCCCCGCGCCGGGUCAGUGCCCGCGGCGCCGGGCGGCGGAGCUCUGCGCCUGGGCCCUGUCCUCCGACAGCCUCCUAGAUCCUUUUCCAGUUGACGUGAUCCAAGAAAAUUAUGUCCGUAAUGUGAGAAACUGCAUUUUUUCAGUUGUCUAUCCUACACCUUUUAAAUCGAGAGUUCGUCUUGUAGCUGUUUCAAAGGAAGUUCUUGAAAAUAUUUUGGAUCUUGAUAUAUCUGUCAAAGGAUCAUCUGAUUUUCUGGAGUUCGUCAGUGGUGGGAAAGUGAUAUUUGGGUCUGUUCCACUGGCCCAUAGGUAUGGGGGUCACCAGUUUGGUAGCUGGGCAGGUCAGCUGGGGGAUGGAAGAGCCCAUUUGAUCGGAGUAUAUACAAACAGGCAUGGUGAGAGGUGGGAACUGCAGUUAAAAGGGUCAGGAAAGACCCCAUACUCCAGGAAUGGUGAUGGGAGAGCUGUGUUACGCUCUUCUGUUCAAGAGUUUUUAUGUAGUGAGGCCAUGCACUAUCUUGGAAUUCCUACAAGCAGAGCUGCUAGCUUAGUUGUAAGUGAUGAUGAUGUGUGGAGAGACCAGUUUUACAAUGGAAAUAUUAAGAAAGAAAGAGGUGCAAUAGUGCUACGACUUGCCAAAUCGUGGUUUCGUAUAGGAUCCUUGGAAAUCUUAGCUCACUCUGGGGAACUGGACUUACUAAGAAAAUUGCUAGACUUUAUCAUCCAGGAACAUUUUCCAUCAAUAGCUAUGAAUGAUUCAAAUAGAUACCUGGAAUUUUUCUCUACUGUCGUGUCAGAGACUGCAAAUCUCCUUUCCUUGUGGAUGUCUGUGGGGUUUGCACAUGGUGUGUGCAAUACAGAUAACUUCAGUUUAUUGUCCAUAACAAUAGAUUAUGGUCCAUUUGGAUUUAUGGACUCCUAUGACCCAAAUUUUGUUCCAAACACAUCUGAUGAUGAAAGGAGGUAUAAAAUAGGAAAUCAGGCAAGUGUUGGGCUGUUUAAUCUCAGCAAGCUGUUACAAGCUCUAAACCCUUUAUUGGAUCCCAGGCAAAAGCAGCUAGCUUCCCAAAUUUUGGAGGGGUAUGGUGAGCACUAUCACAGUCGUUUCACAGAACUAUUCAAAACAAAAUUGGGUCUUCUUGGGGAGAAUGAGAAUGAUAACUAUUUGAUUGCUUUCCUCUUAAAAAUUAUGGAAGAUACAAAGGCUGAUUUUACAAUGACAUUCCGAGAGCUGAGUGAAAUUACUGCAGACCAGUUAAAGGAGCUCCAUAUUCCUGAGGAAUUCUGGGCUCUCCAGGAUCUGGGUAAACACAAAUUAUUUUCAGAAUGGGUUACUAUGUACCUCCUUAGAUUAAACAGUUACAACGAUGACUCAGAUGCCAAAAGAAGAAUAAGAAUGGCAACUGUUAAUCCUAGAUACAUACUUAGGAAUUGGAUGGCAGAAUCAGCAGUGCAAAAAGCUAAUUUGAAUGAUUUCUCGGAGGUUGAGCUCCUAGAGCAGGUUUUACAGCACCCCUUUCAGAGGCAGGAGGCUGCAGAGAGAGCAGGGUACUCCCUGCGCCCCCCAGCCUGGGCCAGGCAUCUCAGAGUCAGCUGCUCAUCCUGAGGGAAAUUCAAACAAGCAAGAAGAAUGAUCGAGGUCAAAGUUCAAGCCUUCAAAUUGGGCUGAUGGAUCAAACCACAGGAACUUCUCUCCCUUAGACUUUGUGGACUGGAAUCUGCUACUGUUCUUGACCAAUUUAUGAAGUCUCAAGAUUAAAGAAGUACAUCACUAGGUAUGGGUUCAUCAGCAGAUUAUACUGGCAUUGACAACUCUGCCUCACAUUCAGCUGUGCGUUACUUUGAGACCCAAUAUUUAAGUUCUGCCAAACUGUAACAUCUAACCUCUCAAAAUUCAUGGCUGAUCAGGUGGGUUUUAAUAGCUUUUAGUGACUGAUCAAUUUAAAAUCCAUGUAAGCUAGUUAAAUAGUUAGCAAAGAUAUCUGUCUUGGGAGAGACAAAAGAUGUCUGUCUUACUCCAGGGUAAGUUUUGGUGUCUUUGCUGGUGUCAGGUACCUAUCCAGAGGACCACUGCUCCUUCAAAGUAUCUUUUGGUAGGAGUAGAAAGAUUAUUGGUUCAUAGAUGUGAAGUCUCAGGAAAAAUUAACUGUUUGGCCCUGGAAAAGGACGGCGUUGGAAGCAUCUCAGCUGAAACUGCUUCCAUUUCAGGUAUGGAGGAAGGUUGAAAAGGACAUGCUGCAAUUUCAGGUAUUUUCAUGCUAAAAUACUGUAAGGUCUAGUGAUGUAUAGACCAUUUAGAAGGCAAUAGUUUGGUAGAGGUAGAAGGAUUAAUUUCUUUUUACAAAUGCUUUGAAUUACUGCAUUGGAACAUCUUUUUGUAUUUUACAGCAUAUUUUGGUACCAGAUCAAGCCAGAUAAUUGUGUAUCAACAAGAGACAGCUUUGUUCUUUGAAUGGAGUUUAAAUGUUACAUUUUAAAAAUUCCAUGUGACCAUGUACCUACGCAAAAUAGUUGAUAGAGGUCUAAUCAUCACAGCAUUUUACUUGAUUUGUGGAGUUUUCUGUAGGCUUUGAUUUUCUUUGUUUUGAAGAAAGUUCAAAUUCUUUUGUGUAAGAUCAAGUGCAUGAAUUAUUAUUGACUGCAGAUGUAAAAUGUAUUAAAAUUGAUUUUUUUUUUGUGUUGUAACAAAAGAGAAGGGAGGAAAUAGGGUGGGAGGCUGAGCAUUCUGGUGAGAAGAGUGAAUGCUAAAAAAGCCAUUCUAAAAGUCUCAGUGUUUUGUGACCUUGCUGUGCAACAUUUUUCCAAGGACAUGUUCUGCUUUAUUUUGAUGCUGGAUGUAUAUUUCAUAAAAUUAAUUUGAUUUAAAAAUAGUUGAUUUGCAGACAGCUGUUGACACCUAAGUAUGACAAAUAUGUGCACUCCUAAUACCUAGUCAGAAAAUGACACCUAGCUCUUCAAUGAUUCUGCAGAAUGCUUCCUUCAGUUAUAUAUGGAAAGGGAUUGGGAAACAGUAAUCCUUCCCUCAUUUAAAUUUUUUUUUAGCUCCUAUUUUUAACCCUCUUACUUUUAGGUUGUUGGUAUUUUUCCCCCUCCUCUUUGAACUGAAGCUUGCACUGGUCUUAAGGCAUUUCUCAGUUUGGCAGUUUGAAGGUGCUUAGAUACCUUUUGAAUGUCCCAGCAUGUCAGUUCAAGACUUCCAGGUGACACUUUUGUUAGUGGUGGGCAUAGUUCUCUUGGUGAGAGCUUUUUGCUCAGUUCAGCUGAAAGCAAGAGAGCUCAAAAACCAGUAAGAGCCGGAUGGAUUCUCUCUGUGUCAGCUUAACAUGGUUUUUAAAGCAAAAUCAUUUCAGGAAGAAAUGCAUGGGGUUCCAAACACUGUUUUUAGCUUUAUAUAAAAUAAAACAAAAUAAAA